GAGACCAUGGGCAGCCCAAGUAUCCAUCUCGUGACACGCCGCGUACAUUUGUUUGUGAGGAGUUCACAUGAUUUAUGUACCACAGGCAACUGCACUAAUUGCUCUCAUUUGUACUUAUUACGGCAGCAUGUGAGUUUUACCUCAGACAGGCUAAACGUAUUAAACAGAUAGCAUAGCAUGCACGGAAUGCUUUACGGGCACUUCGCUUCUGUUAUCAAUUACAAACGCCCUUUGCCCUGCCGCAGCUCUGCCCCCGCCUCCUUCCAAGUGGUGGGAGGGUUGGUAUUUAGGGUCAGCACAUGUACCGACUGUAUCCAACGCUAGCGAAAUGGAGGAGCAGGAUGAUAACCAGCCUACUACCGGCAGCCCUGAUACAAGUGUGCUGGAACCUACCAAGCCGAAUCUCUUUCCCCAAAGGCUCUGGAGGGCGACACGCCGGCUGCUGCCAGUCAAUAUCUGGCAAGAAGUGAAAGAUCUUUGUGUAAUCGCAGGGCCUGUGUUCCUUUCACAGAUAAUGGUAUACAUGGUGAAUAUUGUAAGCUCCAUAUUUUGUGGACAUUUGGGCAAGAUAGAACUGGACUCGGUGACGCUUGCAGUUGCGGUGAUAAAUGUAACAGGAGUAUCUAUUGGCUCUGGUCUCUCUUCUGCAUGUGAUACACUUAUAUCGCAGACUUUUGGAGGCAAAAAUCUGAAGCGUGUUGGGACAAUUCUUCAGCGAGGCGUUCUAAUCGUGCUGCUGUUUUGCUUCCCCUGCUGGGCCAUCUUUAUGAAUACUGAACAGGUUUUGCUGCUCUGCAGACAGAAUCCAGAUGUUGCAAGGUUAACACAGAUGUAUGUGAUGAUUUUUAUGCCAGCACUGCCUGCAGUUUUCCUCUAUCAGCUGCAGACAAGAUAUUUACAAAACCAGGGGAUAAUAUGGCCUCAGGUGAUUACAGGUGCCUCGGUAAACAUCAUUAAUGCAGCAGUCAAUGCCAUCUUCCUCUAUGGCUUAAAUCUGGGAGUAGUGGGUUCAGCUUGGGCAAAUAUGAUUUCUCAGUUUGCAAUGUGCUUAUUGCUUUUUCUCUACAUACGUUUCAAAAAGCUGUAUGUAGAAACAUGGUCAGGUUGGUCCUGGGAUUGUCUACAGGAAUGGGGUUCCUUUAUUCGCCUUGCUAUUCCCAGCAUGCUCAUGAUGUGUAUAGAAUGGUGGAGUUUUGAAAUUGGAGGAUUCCUUGCAGGUCUUGUCAGUGUGACAGAGCUUGGUGGUCAGGCAAUCAUGUUGGAGUUGGCAACGACUGCUUAUAUUAUACCUCUUGGUUUUAGUGUGGCUGCCAGUGUCAGAGUAGGAAACGCUCUUGGGGCUGGAGAUCCUGAGAAAGCCAAAGCUUCGUGUAACGUAGCCAUUUUCUGCACAGUAUUCUUUUCUGUGAUCACUAGCAUUUUUUUGGUUGUAUUGAAAGAUGAAGUUGCAUACAUAUUUACACCAGACAGGGAAAUUGUUGCCCUGGUUUCACGGCUCAUGCUUAUUUUUGGUCCAUUUCAUCUAUGUGAUGCCAUGGCUUGCACUUGUGGUGGAGUACUACGUGGAACAGGAAAGCAAAAGACUGGAGCAAUUAUGAAUGCAAUCGGGUAUUACCUUGUUGGUUUUCCCAUAGGGAUUUCAUUGAUGUUUGCUGCAAAACUUGGUGUUAUGGGCCUUUGGUUGGGAAUGCUAAUCUGCGUCUUCCUUCAAGCCUCUUUCUUCCUGACCUUUAGUUUGCGGUUAAAUUGGAGCAAAGUUUGUGAAGAGGCACAAGUUCGAGCAGGAGUGAAACCAAAGAAAGAAGAGGCUGAACCUGAUGUUUCUCAAUUAGAGAUCUCCUGUAAUGGUUUUGCCAUGGUCCCAGAUGGGAUUACACAAUCCAGCAGUAAUCAAUGUGCCAUCACAAGUGCAGAGGUUGCCGGUGCAGCUGUCUUGCCAGAUGCAGCUGAGGAGAUUCAAGGAGACGAGCUAUUGAUACAAGAAGAUUCAGCAAAUGUUCUGGUCAAUGUUGUGGGAGAAGUUCUGCCAGUGAAGCAGUUAAUUCUACGGCGUGGGCUUGCUUUGGGUUCUGCCAUUAUUUCUCUACUUAUCGGUGUAGUGAUAAAAAUUCUGACUGCCAAUGGCAAUGGCUAGAUGAGUAAAUCUAAAUGGUGCUACAUUGGUGCAUACAUGUUCUGUAUGGCAAUACCUUCAGGAGGAUUGUCUCAAAGUUCCAGCCAGGUCACUGCGAUUGUGGCAACACUGGCUCAGCUCUUAUAAUAAGAGGCGAAGGAAACCGCAGCUACUUGAUACACUUCAAAAAACCGCUACAGAAAAAUCCUCAUCAGAGAAUUCAUAAACCAUUAUUAUUUUCCAUUAUUUGCGGUAUCUCUGCACUUAGCACCGACCCUAUAAUGUUUCCUACAAUAAGGAUAAUAUAAAGUGUCCAGUGGAUACUGUUAAACUUAUAUUACCAUAUAAAAAUUAUAGUUAUUAAGGGGGUUAUUUAUAAAAAUAUAUUUUUUUCUGAUUUUUUAAGUAGAAAAAGUCCACCCAAACUAGAAUCCACGAUUUGACCUUAUUUAUCAUUGCAAAAACUUGAUAGAAUUGGUUUGGAAAAAAACCUCAAACAAUUUGUGUUUUUGUAAUUUUUUGUGUCAGGUUUUAUACCCGAAACACGCUUACACAUGGGGGCAGAUUUAUCAAGUGUCGAAUUUCGAAGUGGAAAAUACUUUGAAAUUCGACAAUCGAAUAGAAUCCUCCAACAUUCGAAGUCGGAGGA